AUGAAUGAUGAAGAAUAUCAUCGCGCUAGAUUACUCGACGACCAUAGUUCAAGUGAUAACGAGGAAGUGUCUUUUCAUUCUACAUUAGGACUCGAGAAUACAGCACUCACCCAUUCGGAUCAUGAAAACGAUGAACAACGAGCCAGACAAGCUUUGCUCGAAGAGAGCGAAGAUAGUGAUGAUCAUCAACAACAAGAUGACGAUGUUUUUCGCCCAUCGAUUCGUCUAAAGCGUAUUUCACAAGAAGAUGCUCACCUAUACAUGCCAUUAGCAUGGAGAAACGAUACUCGAAAGAGACAAUCGGAUAUAUCAGAAAAUAGUCACAAUGAUACCAAUACAUCUGCGGAUAUCUCUCGAUCUACAAGUAAGAAUCAUGGUGAAAACUCAAAGAAAAGAAAGGCGCGCAUAUCUGAUAAUGAUACAAUGGCUUCGUCAUCAAAGACACGUAAAACGGAUGAAACAUCAGCAAGUUCUUCAACGUCGGAUGACGACGAAGAAGAUUAUAAUAUUAAAUUUCGAACACGAAGAAAGUCCGUUUCGAACAAGACUAACAAAACAUCGAAUGAGUCUAACAGACCAAGGCGAAAUUCAACGAGAAACAAAGAUGUUAUCAUCAACUACAAUUUAUCAUCUGACAACGAUCAAAUGCAGUCAGAUAAUUCCGUCGAAUCUCAUGAAAAUUCGAAUCCGAUGGAAUUAGAAGAUAAGACGGCCGAAAACGAUCGACAAGAACCUGCCAUACCAUCAUCUUCGAAGAAAGCAGUGAAAACAAAAGAUAAUGCCACAAAAGAUCCGUCCGAUGAUGUAAACGAGCCUCCGCCUUUAUCAUCUGAAUCCGAAUCCGAGCCUGUUCAUGAACAAUCUCCAGUCGAUGUUCCGUCCUAUGGCCAUUUACUUAACCGAUCCAAAUCAUUGUCCUCUUCAUCAGAAUCAACUGAUGAGAAUGAUACGACAAAGAAACCUUCAACUGCGUCAAAAUCUUCCAAACGUCUCUUACCGCUAUCAUCCACUUCAGAUAUAUCACCAGUUAAGAAGAAGACCAAAUAUGUUGUCAAACAUCGUGCUAAUUUAUCCAUAUCAACAAGUGAUUCUGACUCGACUUCGAGUGCGCACGAAAAUGCAGCUUCAGUUACACGUCGACUUCGUAUCGAGCGCUCCUCGUCGGAAGAGUCCGUUAUUAGUGAUAAAGUCUUGGGGGAAUCUUCUAGCGAACGACGAAAACAAGCAAGUGUUUCCAAGAAACAAGUUAAACGUAAACGAGACAAGAAGCGAAGUUCAAACUCGUCGGCAGUGUCCGAUGAUACUGGCACUGACCGUUCGAAAUCAAAAUUAAAUGGAACUGAUGAUGACGAAGAGAAAUCACCUUCGAAACGAAAACACGGCCGAAAAAAUAUACGCAAGAUCAUGGAUGAUCAAGAAUUAGAUGCUCAAACGAAAAAUGCAAUCGAAGCGGAAAAGGAACGUCGAAAACGCAUUGCUGAAAAACAAAAGGAGUACAAUGAAAGUUUACUAGAGCAAUCAUCAUUUCAUUCCAAUAACGAAAUGGACUCAAACAACGAUCGGUUAAUUCUCGAAAGAGACAAAACCACAAACGAACCAUUGAUCGAAGUUGCACCUGCGCUAGUCGAACAGCUCAAGCCGCAUCAGUGUGAAGGUGUACAGUUUUUAUGGAACAACGUUUUCGAAUCAAUUGAAGCGAUUCAAAAGAAGAAACAUCAGGGAAAUGGAUGUAUUUUAGCACAUUGUAUGGGCUUGGGUAAAACUCUACAGAUUAUCAGUUUUCUGCAUACGGUUUUUAAUUAUGAUCGAAUAACAAAUGUGAAAACGUGUCUUGUUCUUUGUCCAAUCAAUGCUGCUCUCAAUUGGUCAAAUGAAUUCGAUCAUUGGUUAAAAAAUAUCGAUCCACCUAUUGACCAUUAUCAGCUAGCAACAAUCAAAGCCAAUUUGCGUAUUUGUCAUUUGAAUUAUUGGUUUGAAAACGGUGGCGUGAUGAUCAUGGGCUAUGAAAUGUACCGCCGAUUGGCCAAUGGUUUCGGUAUCAAAAAUAAAAAAUCAAAAACAGAUGCGCUCAAAUGUCUUGUCGAUCCCGGUCCAGACAUCGUCGUUGCUGAUGAAGGACAUAUUCUGAAAAAUGCUCAAACAGCCCUCGCGAAAAGUUUGUCGAAAAUUAAAACGCGUCGUCGAAUCGUUUUAACCGGUACACCAUUGCAAAACAAUUUGAUCGAAUAUUACUGUAUGGUGUCUUUUAUCAAACCUAAUCUUCUUGGUAGUCAAUCCGAAUAUAUCAAUCGGUUCGUCAAUCCCAUUCAAAAUGGUCAACAUCGCGAUUCGAAUGAUGAGGACGUACGUUUAAUGAAACGACGUGCAUGUGUCUUACAUGGAUUACUAACCGGCUUCGUCGAUCGAAAAGAUUAUUCUUUAUUAAAAGAAUAUCUUCCACCGAAAUUCGAAUACAUUAUUAACAUUCGAUUAAGUGAUUUACAGUCUGAACUAUACGAAAUUUAUCUGAAGAAACAUGUUAAUCAAGAACAACGCUCAACCGUUUCGAAGAAAGAUUUCAAGUCUGCACAAUUGUUUGCUGAUUAUCAAUUUUUACAGAAGAUUUGGACUCAUCCAUUUUUACUUUAUCCGCAUUUUAUUGAUCGCUGGAAAAAACGCAUGAAUGCUGCUGAUGAUGACGACGACAGUUUUGUUGACGAUAACGAUUUAGAAGUUAUGUUCGGCGAUGAAGAAGAUUCAGAUAAAAGAAAACAACAAAAAUCCGAGAAAAACCCAAAUCAGUCCGAAUCACACAAAAGUUACAGUGGUUUUCUGAUCGAUAAUAUCGAUGAUGAAAUUAAACCAAUAACAUCCGACAUAGACAAGCCUCCACUUUCAAAUUCAUCUGCCACGACAACGAUUAAUUCGACUUCUGUUGAUAGCAGUGAUGAAACUCCGGCAAAGGAAGGCAAUACGAAUUCAACUUCUGACACUAGCGAAUCCGAUAUCGAGAUCGUUCGAUCGUAUCCGACUCGUAGUCGAGCAACGACUACGGACGAACAGAAGAACCGAUCGACGAGAGCAGGCGAUUUGAAUGUAUGCGAUACAGAAAAUGGUCAAGUUCAAGUUGAAGAGUCAAGUCCAAUUGCCGAUGCGCCGUGGAUCGAUGAAAUGCGCGAACAGUUCUGGUUUUCCAUUCUGGAUGGUAUACCUGAAGAGCAUCGAUUUGAUCUUGAAUUAAGCGGAAAAUUUCUCAUCUUGAAAUUUAUUCUCGAUAAAUGCUUCGAAAUUGGCGAUAAAGUUCUUCUCUUCUCUCGAAGCAUCUACACGUUGAAUCACAUCGAAAAAUUUCUCAAACAUUUACAAGUCGAAAACGAGAAAGAAUACCAAAAACAAUGUGAUUCUCGACGACAACUGCACGAACUUCUUGCGUCCAGUGAAACCCACGAAACUAUUUCGAAUGAACCAAUUCCACCACCCGUCGAAUGGAUCCGUGAUCAAGAUUAUUUCCGUAUGGAUGGACAAACCGAAGUCACAUCACGAAAACGUUACGCCAAAGCAUUUAAUGAUGCACAAAACUCACGCGGACGAUUAUUCCUUAUCUCAACAUUAGCCGGCGGGAUCGGAAUUAACUUAACUGGUAGUAACCGAGUGAUUGUUUUUGACGCUAGUUGGAAUCCAAGUCAUGAUACUCAGGCUAUUUUUCGUUCAUAUCGUUUUGGUCAAAAGAAACCGGUGUAUAUCUAUCGAUUUCUCGCACAAGGUACAAUGGAAGAAAAGAUCUACCAACGCCAAGUUGUUAAGCAAUCGAUCUCCCAACGCGUGGUAGAUGACCAUCAAUUGGAUCGUCACUUUACUCAAAAUGAUAUUAAAGAAUUGUAUAAAUUCAAACGAGAAAUGUUACCCGAACCUCGCUCUGCAACGACAGUUUUAACUGAACUAGAAAAUGAAGUGAAUUAUCCCGUACCGAAAGAUCAUCUUCUGCUUGAUCUAUUAUGUGAACACAAUCAGUGGAUACAUUCUUAUCAUUCACACGAUUCACUAUUAGAGAACAAAAUUCAUGAAGGUCUUACCGAAGAAGAACGACUUAGAGCUGUGGAAGAAUAUGAAAAUCUGAAACGUUUGCCCGACCAACGUCAAUUGUAUCUUGAACGUAUUCAAAAUCAACAACGAUUGAACGCUAUGAUUACGCAACAACUUCAACAACAGCAGCAAAUGGCAACUCAAUCGAGAUUCACUAAUACAAACGUUGCUCAACUAGUCAAUGAAUUUCAGCAGACAUUUCGUUCACUAAACGGAGCACCGAUAAAUUAUAAUCAUCUAUUGCAAUUGGUAAAUCAAAGAGUAGCAAACACGGGAACAGCAACAGCCAUCAAUGAUCGAACCAAUAAUGUCGUCAAAACAGCAACUAAACGUGUACAGAAACCUCUGACGCGUGCAGUUCCAAUUCUACCUCGACCAAUAACAGCUGACACAUCAGGUCAAAAUGCGAAUUCGCUGAUUGUUGUCGACAGUGAUGGUGAUUCAGAUAAUAAUCGGACAAAUCCACCAUCGAACUGA